AUGUAUCAGGGUUACGACUCAACCGCCCACGUUCUGUCCUGGGCUCUUUAUUUUCUGGGAAGAUUCCACGAAAUACAAGAGAAAGUGUAUCUAGAAUUGCAAGAAAUUUUUAAAAAUGGUUUCAAUAAGGAUAUUACUAUCGAUGACCUGACUAAAAUGAUGUACUUACAAUGCGCAAUUAAGGAGUCGAUGAGAAUCUAUCCUCCUUUUCCUUUAAUUGCAAGAAAAAAUCCAUCGAAAAUGAAAAUAGGUAAUUACGUGUUGCCUGCAAAUUCGACUUUUGUCAUAAAUAUCUAUGGUAUUCAUCAUAAUCCUUCUGUUUACGAAAAUCCCGAAGUGUUCGAUCCAGACCGUUUUCUACCUGAAAACUAUAAAAAUCUUCAUCCUUAUGCAUUUCUGCCAUUUUCUGUCGGUCCACGAAAUUGUCUCGGUAAGUGAUUAGUGAAUAAAUACAAAAACAAAAGAAUUAUUAUAUUUAAAAUUAUUUAUUUACAGCAAGUAAAGGUGCCAUGAUUAUGAUAAAAACGGU